AUGAACCCUUACUAUCAAGUUAAAGAAAGACGUAUGUAUGAUAUAUAUGGAUUAAGUUCUCUAUCCAAAGCCACUGAAAGAAAUUUGAUAGACCAUAAGUAAUUUAAGCAAUAGGACAUGAAAAAGAUUUAUGAUGAUACCUCAAGCAUGUAUAAUGAGGGUGAUUAUAUGCUCACUCCUUGCAGAUUCUCACCAAAUGGAUGGAAGUAUAUCAAGAAAGAUUAUGAUUAGAAAUUUCUGAAUCAUCCAAAUAAAUUGAAUAGUAUUGGGUAUAGUAAAGCAAGUCAAAAUUAUUCUCAUUCAAAACAAAAUUCUCUAAGUUAAAUUGACGAGGAGAGCUCUUAAUUCUCCAUUAAUAAAAGCAUAUUAGAAAGAUCAGAAUAAAAAUAUAGAACUCCAAAUGGAGCUAGGGUUCAGAUUAGAUCUUAAUCUCAGAUGAAUGAAGACUAUUCUACAGGGAAGAGUACCUACUAACAAAUAUAUGAUGAAAAAUUAAACUAAAGUAAAAUAAUCAAUAAUAUUAGAUCAAAAGACUUAAGAGAAAAUGAAAGGUCAAAGGAAUAUAACUAUCCUCCUUUGCCAAAUCUAGUUUCAGCAAAGAAUGCCUAUCAAAAGUAAAAGUUUGAUAACUCUGUUUCAGUAAUUCAGUAAAAUAUUGGAAACUCUGAGUCCUUGGUUGACAAUAAUAGCAAUGAAGAUUUAAAUUUACCAAUUGCUGACCUAAAUUACUAGUAAAUAAGUCUUGUUGAUUAGUAGUCGCCAAAGAAUAACAAAAUAUCCAUGAAAAAUUUAAAGGUUGGGAGUUAAAUUAUUGAUAAUAAAGAUUAUCCGGUUCAAAACAAUAUCAGUUACUCUGGGGUACACCCUGUAAGCUACUGGGCUGGGUAAAAAGUGGAUAAUGAUGUUGAACAUGUGUUUAGGAAAAAAAGAUUUACUGAUUAAUAAAUCAUCUAACAAAAACCCACAAGCCUAUUUUGA